AGUGGGCUGUCAAGUGAUUCUGUUUGCUACCCGGCUCCGUGACUUUCCGUAAUCUGUCAGUAGUCAGUAGUGCCGCGCGAGAUCGCAAUGGUGCUUCGUCUUCGCGUGACGGCAAGUGUCAUCGCGAUCUGAGACGAUUAAUUACGAUGCGAGUCCCCGUUUCUGGCGAUACGCGCGAAAAUUAUCGCUCGAGUGACGCUUCGGCAUUGACGCUGAUUCCACCGAGAUGCUCCCGCUAAUGUAAACUCUGGCAAAGCUAUAACUCUUAUGGAACCUCAUUGAAUUCGAAUUAAAAAUCUCAUAUGAAAGGGGAAGCUUGAUUACAUUAAUUCGCACCAUGUUGUCGAGAAGUCAUUCCAGAGGAAGCAAUAAAGCUAGAAGAAAUGAUAUUGACACUGGAAAUUAUGUAACGAGGUGGUAAACAAACUUACAUCUCGUGGACAUGGAGGAUUACACGCCGAUCGACGAGGACUUUCCGGGCCGACUGCUACACCAGGCCGCGCUCUGGGACAAUGCGGAGCUGCUGGAGGAUCUGCUGCGUGGCGAGCACGCGCAGUACAUUAACAGCAAGGACUCGUGGGGUAGGACGCCUAUGCACGCGGCCGCGAUCACGGAGAACUCCCGUUGUCUGGACGUCCUGCUGACCGCCGGAGCCGAUCCGAACGUCGUCUGUGGUCCUCGCGGCCACCAUCGGACGCCGCUGCACGUGUGUGCGGAACACGGUCAUGCCGGCAACGUGGAAAGACUGCUGAGCUUCAAAGCGGAUCUCAUGAUCCGCGACGACGACGGCCUGCAGCCGCUCGACGUCGCCGAGAAAGGCAAGCAUGACUCUUGCAUUCAUCUUCUAAAAGCGGCGGCCGAACAGUAUGAACUGGCGAAACAGGCGACCCACGCUUCCUUACGCGCAGCUUGUAUCCAGGGCGACACUGUGGCUGCCCGCAGCAUCAUCCAGGGUUUGUCGACCGAUCUAGAGUGCGUGAUAAACAUGGCGCCUAACGGUGCCAACACUCUGCUCUUCGUCGCCUGCGAGAGCGGUCAUAAGGACAUCGUUCGAUUGUUGUUGGAUCACGGCGUCGACUGCAGGAUUCAUCCGGUCACCAAAUACUGUCCACUCUACAUAGCGUGUUAUCACGGCAAGGUGGAGAUUGUCGACUUGCUGCUCCGACAUUUUCCCAAGCAGGUGCAGCAGCUGACAGUGGAGCGUUGGCUGCCGAUACACGCGGCCACGAUAAACGGUCAUCAUUCGGUAAUCGACGCCUUGCUUAAGUUCGAAUAUCCGCAACAUGUCUAUCAGCGCUAUAGGGACCCGUCCGGCGAGUUCGAGUACGAUCUGCCGUUCGAUAUCAAUGCGCAAGACGUUACUGGCCAGCAUGCGCUCUAUAUAGCCAGCAUGCUGGGUAAUGUCAAGUGCGUCGAAUUGCUGUUGGGUUAUCGGGUGAAAGCGAGAACCACAAAGGAGGAGGAUGGUGUGGGAGGCGCGCAGCAACUCCCAGUAUCGAAGCGCAAAAUCUCCAGCGGUAUCCAGAGACUGAUGUCAUCUUUGAAUUUUCGAAGCAAAACGCCCAUGGACAAGAAGGAUGAUAAAAUGAUAUAUCCGGUGAAUCUGGAUCUUUAUUGCAACAAUGGCAGCGAAACGGCAUUGCAUGCGGCUGUUAGAGGUCGACAUGCCGAGGUGGUAAACGCUCUCCUUCAAGCUGGCGCUAAUUUGGAAUUGCCUGUCAAAGUUCUGUAUGAUCAGAACGAUCCCGAAGGUAGUUAUUCGAGCGUGUUGACGAUAGCGUGUCAAAAUCGUGACGUAAAGAUCGCGGAUUUGCUGCUGAAGCAUGGCGCCGUAGACAAUGAGUGCAAGGCGCUAAAGAUUGCUGCACAGAAUCGCGACGAGACAUUGACUGCAAAAUUGCUAUCGAUUAAGGCGCAUCCGGACUCCGAGUACAAAAUCAACAAAAAAGCGAUGACCGAGUGCACACAAAGCUCGCAUUUCUCCGCCUUGUCGUCUUUCGGCCAUGUCACUUAUUCCACGCUGUUUCCGAAAACGCCUACGAUGAUCAACUGGCAUAAUCAACAAUGUCGUCUCUCUCAAAUCCGAUUACAAUGGCUAAUCGACGCGGUGCUGCACGUCAACAAGAAACUGAGUCCAAAGAAUAACGAUCUGGUACUAUAUGCCAUUACACGAGUCGAUAUCUCCCACAACUCCAUAACUUCCGUGCCGUCUGCUAUGUUCUACUUGCAAAGUCUGCGUUAUCUCAACAUGGCACAGAACAAGAUCGACACUCUCACGGCCGACUCGAAGAACCCAAAGGACAAGUUGUGCCCGGUUCUGGAGGAGAUGUAUCUCCAGGAUAAUCGAUUGGAGCAACUACCCGAAUUCAUUAUGAAUCUUCCAGCCCUCGAGAUUAUGGAUGUGUCCAACAACAAGUUGCAGUGCCUGCCGCAGAAUCUGUGGCGCGCGCCCAAACUCAAGGAACUGAACGCGUCGUUUAAUCUAUUGCGCGACCUACCCAGUCAAGCUUCGCAGAAUGUCCUGAGGAAGUCGCAGCGUAGUUGCGAGGAGACGCAACAAAUUAACUUUCGUGGACUGGCCGUUGUACCACGGAUAGAGUCCAUGGAAUUCGAUUCUUUCACAAAGAUCGCGAACGCGCAGGUGAUCGAGAUGGAACGGCCGCAUGUAUGGACCAGUUCAGUUCAAGUAUCAGAAAGAAUGAGCGAUGACACGGAGAAUGGCAACAAAUCAGUUUUGACAUCGUUGAAUCUGGCACACAAUCUCUUCAACAGCAUUCCCGUGGCGUUACCAUGUCUGGCAGUAAGCUUAGUGCGAUUGAACAUGGCGUACAACUCUCUGCGAUCGAUGAGCCACAUCACCUCGUAUCCAGCGAGCCUGAAACAACUAGAUUUGUCGAAUAAUCAGAUUACGCGAUGGCCGAGUUUGCCGCAGGUCGACAGUUCCGACAGCAUGGAACAGGCGAAUACGGCCUGCUACUGUCCAGCUGUCAAUGCGCAAUCGCCCAGCAUCGUGCCCGGCAAUCGGCAAACACCUACGUCGAUGCGCGACAUUGUGCUGCAGUCGGUGUGCGUGCAUAGACGGCAUCUACGGUUAGAAAAUAUGCGUACGCUGAUUCUAGCGAACAAUCUAUUGAAUCGCAUUCAGUUAACAUCGUGCGAUGACGGCGAGAUGCCUAGUUUAGAAGAAGAACGAAGCGACUCGGACAAGGAUUCAAAAGGAAUCGGACAUUCCAGCUCCAAAUCGUACCUACUCUUUCCCAAUGUCAGUAUGCUGGACGUUAGUAAUAAUCAAUUACGCGAUAUACCCCACAACAUUUACGAGCUUAGCAAUUUGUCGGUAUUGAACAUCAGUGGCAACAAUGAGAUCGUCGAGUUGCCGCCGCAGAUGGGUUUAUUGGGACGUCUAUGGAACCUGAACACACAGGGUUGCCGGUUACAGGAGCCGCUGAAGUCGAUGAUCGAGUCAAAAAAAUACAAGACGAUGGAUGUGAUCGGUUACCUGAAGUCAAUCUUGGAAGACGCCAAGGCAUACGCGCGUAUGAAAUUGAUGAUUGUCGGUAUCCAAGGGAUCGGCAAGACAAGUUUGCUGGAACAGUUGCGGCAGGAAGGUGAGGUGCCGAAUAAGAAGAAGGCAUCCGAACAUUGGGCCAAACGAAUGGGUAACAAGAACAUUAAUGCAAAGACUGCUAAGGGCACGACGAUUUCGACAGUAGGUGUGGAUAUCGGCGAUUGGCUCUAUGAGAAGAAAGUACGUGGACAAUCGUCUCAUGGUCCAGUCUAUUUCAGGACCUGGGAUUUUGGUGGCCAGCGCGAGUACUAUGCAACGCAUCAAUAUUUCCUGUCAAAGCGCAGUCUCUAUCUGGUCGUAUGGCGGAUCACAGACGGUUUCAAGGGCGUAUCCGAGAUCUUUCAAUGGUUAGUGAACAUUCAGAGUAGAGCGCCCAACUCACCGGUCAUUAUUAUUGGCACUCACUAUGACAUUUUCUACGAACAUAGUGAGGGUCUACAGCAAUAUAUUCGCGACAAGUUUAUUAAUGUGGUCGAUGCUGAGAAAUGUGGCCUGCCCAAGGUCAUGGAAACGAUUGAAGUGAGCUGUAAAACACGCCACAAUAUCAAGAUGCUUUGCAAUCUUAUUUACGACGUUGUCUUCAGCCUGAGAUCGCCCGGCAGCAAGGAAUUGUUACUAGAACAGAAGGUUCCAGCUAGUUAUCUCGCUCUAGAGGACGUGGUAAUCCAACUGGCGCAUGACAGGAAGUUAUCCGGCCUAGAUCCAGUGUUAAAAGCUGACCAAUAUUACGCGGCAGUCAACAAUGAACUUCAAAAAUUACACAGAUCAUUUAGAGAUCCUGCCGAGCUGCAUCAGGCGACGCUGUUUCUCCACGAAAAUGGUAUAAUCUUGCAUUACGAUGAUGCUACGCUGAAAGAUCUCUAUUUUUUGGAUCCACAAUGGCUCUGCGACAUGCUCGCUCAUGUAGUAACUAUACGAGAGAUUAAUCCAUUCGCCAGAUCUGGUAUAAUGAAAUUAGAUGAUAUCCAGCACGUCUUCAAAUCCUCUACGAUAUCGUCGAUCGAUACACAGGGCUAUAUUGUCAGUCUGCUCAAUAAAUUCGAAGUUGCACUGACAUGGGAUUGCCGUACGUUGCUAAUACCAUCUCUUCUACCGACUGAGGAAGAUAUUCUGCGCAAUAAUCAAAUCAUUAAAGUACCAGUAAAGACGCGCGGUUGGCACGUACGCGCUAAGAAGAUCACGUCGCCCACAUUUACAUGCCUAGGCGCGCCAUCCAGCGAUAAGAACAACGCUGAGUGUGUACUUACAUCGAGGUCGCAGCCCGAUUGUUCCGUUACCAGGCUGUUACUCAUGUCAUACUUUCCUAGCGGCUUCUGGUCCCGACUGAUUACUCGAAUUCUCGCUGACGAUGCUAUUGUCGAGAUCGUCAUGUCAUUUCUGGCGCCGUUCAAGGAUUUUGUCGACGACAACAUCUUCGCCAGUUUACUAGACUUACAGGCCGAGUGGGUGCUAUGGCAAACAGGAAUCGAGCUACGAUAUUCGGGCAUUACAUUGUUGCGUCUGAAGGAGGUUUAUUAUAAUCUGAAGAAUUCACCAUACGACUACAGGCAGUUCAAAUUCAAGCUUAAACAAGAUGGGAUUUGGUGCACGGUGGAUCUGCGAAAUUCCGCCAUCCUCGAAAUUUGGUUCCCAGUGGAUACUCUAGUGAUUAAGCAACCUAUCAUGUCCGAUUCUGUAGAUGAAGAACCAAUGGGUUACCAGGCAAUCGUAGUAGAACCGCGGCUGGAAAGUAUGCCCCAACUAAUGGCAUUGAUUGUCGAUCAUAUCGACAUCCUUCUCGAAGAUUGGUAUCCUACGCUGGGCACACGCUUUGUUCACACAUCAGAAGGUAAAUUACUAGUCACUAGACUUAUACCGUGUCCGCGCUGUUUGCUCGACAAUACUGACAGCAGCGACAUCGAAUCCAACGAUAGCGAUGGUCGGCUUAUCGAAGACAUCCAAAAGUAUUGCGCUGUAAAUCGCAGCGAAAGGCAAAGCCAAGACAGCUACAAAUCCGACGGCGACAGUGGUGUCGGCUAUGAUAGUUUAACAUCCAGCAGAAUGCCAUCGCUCGAAGGCCAUCCAGACGUAUCGAGACAACAGACUCCUUCCUCACAUCCCGAAGGUAUCCUCGCAUACUCUUGGAUGGUGGAAGAAUGCAUAUUGGCAGCGUACAGUAACAAAUCUAUCAGCUGCCCGAGGCACUCGGAGAUUCCCUUGUCGCAUGUCGCUCCAGAUAUCAUUUUCAUGGACCUGGGCGCUAAGCACCUGAUUAAAUCUGAGGACCUAAAGCGAGGCAAGCUGCUAGGUCGCGGCGCUUUUGGUUUCGUCUUUCGCGGCAGCUGCCGGUUACCGAGCACGCACAUUCGCGCCGACGUGGCCAUUAAGAUGCUGCAACCAGUUUCGCCGGGUCCGAACUCGACACAGUCGGCGAUCCUCGCCUAUAAAGCAUCGCAGAGCAAAUGGGAUCGCGAUCCGUUGCAAUACGCCUGCAAGGCUUAUUGCAUGGCGCGUCAGGAGCUCAACAUCUUGCUGACUCUCAGACACGCUAAUAUCGUGCCAUUAAUUGGCAUAGUCGUCAGUCCGUUGGCUCUGGUGCUGGAUCUUGCUCCUCAGGGCGCGCUAGAUGGCGUCUUGAAGAAUUAUCGUCGUUCUGGUGCUAAACUGGAUCCCUAUACGCUGCAGGCAAUAAUCUUACAGGUUGCCAAAGCGGUGGAGUAUCUGCAUCAGCAACACGUCAUUUAUCGCGAUCUGAAAUCGGAGAACGUGCUAGUGUGGCAAAUACCGUUGCCAUUUCAGGAGAGUUUGGAACCGGUGCACGUCAAAGUCGCCGAUUAUGGGAUUUCAAGAUUGACACUUCCCACGGGAGCAAAGGGUUUCGGAGGCACGGAAGGUUUCAUGGCGCCUGAGAUCAUCAAAUACAAUGGCGAGGAGGAAUACACAGAGAAGGUGGACUCGUUCUCAUUCGGCAUGUUCAUCUACGAACUGAUUACACUGCGCCAACCGUUCGAGGGUCACGAGGCAGUGAAGGAAUGCAUUCUGGAAGGCGGUAGACCACCGAUCAUGUACCGUGAAACUCUCCAUCCGUGUUACGCGCUUGAUCUGAUGGUAAUAUGCUGGGCGCAAAAUCCAAAAGAUCGGCCGACAGCUAGUCAGAUCGUUUCGAUCGCUUCCGCGCCCGAGUUUACGCAUCUGAUAGAUGUUACCUUGCUAACAGAGCGCACGCAAGUAACAGCCGUUACCAUGACAAAUCGAGCCGGCAAUGGCUCGAAUAGCGAGGCAGACAGCUUGAACGGCGAUGAGAUCUGGUUCGGCCACAACAACGGCGAGGUGGACAUGCUGCUGGGCACUCAAAAGGGUUGGCUGCGUCACGUGCGUAUUGAGACGCCAGUAAUACCGUACGCCAUGUACGGCGUGGAUGGCUACAUCUGGAUCGGCGAUAACGCCGGCCAGGUGCACGUCUACCUGUGCGGCAAUUUUGGCUGCGUGGCCAGCUACAACCUCGAGGCGGAUCACAGCAGAGAAUCCAAAGUAGUCGGACUGAUCCAUUUAGAGCAAUUGAAGCAGUUCGCUGUGGCGUUGCAUAGUGGUCGCAUCUUCCUGCUGUCUAACUCAUUCACGCAGAUGAAGAAGACCGAGGUCACCGGCAGUGGCGGCGUGACAGAAGUGACACGUCAUGGGAAUGAUGUCAAAACUUACUCGCUGACGGCGGUCUGUCGGAAGAGACGCGUGUUGGAACUCUGGGCUGGCCAGAGCUUCGGCCAGAUAUCUGUCUAUACGCUGAAGGACGCCAACUUGGUCGACACGGUACAGUUGUCUCACUCCACCGGGACUGCCAGCGACGUCGCCAUGAAGAAUCUCUUCGCUACGUAUCUGACCGGCGCGAUCGCCGAAAACUUUGUCUUUUCGUACACCUAUCCUGGUUGCGUGGUGUACCAGUGGGACGUGGACAGCCGACAAAUCGUCAAUAAGCUCGACAUGUCUAAACUAGUGCCGUGCUCCGAGAGUCUCAAGUCUAUCUCUAUCGAGGAGAACCUGUCGACAGACAAGUGUCAGGUGACCGCGCUCGAGGCCAACUCCGGUCAGUUGUACAUCGGCACCACCUGGGGCUGCAUCGUCGUCGCCGAGUGCGGCACUCUGCGACCCAUCACCGUGUUCCGGCCGUUCGAGGGCAAGGUUUGCCAGAUCGUGUCCCUCAAAUCCACCGACAAGAAGAAGGCAUUACUGGCAACCGUUGGCCAAGGCUAUCGCAGUCUGAUCGCGCGAUAUACCGACUUCCCGCUGAAGAGUCUGGAGAAUGAGGAACUCAGGCACGGCAUGUAUACCUUGCUGUGGCGAUCGGAGAACUGGUCGUCGGCUUGAUUCUUCCGAAGAUCUUAACGUUUGCGUUCUCGCUCGCGUUCAACGCUUCGACUCCAAGUUUCGUUUAUCUCGUAUAGCAACACCUGAUUACAUUGAAUGCUGAAUGCGCGGUGAGAAAGAUAUAGAACAGUCCAACUUUCUUCCAAUGAAUACCGGCAGAAAAAGGUUGCAAGGUUUGGUCGGUGCCAAUGUAGACAUUUGGAGAAGAGCGAUGAGGUUUUAUUCAGACUCUCUUCUCUCUUCGACAUUUAAGUAAUGAAGCAUUUACGUGAUGCGAAGUUUAUAAACGAGUCCCUCUGCGCUCGGGUGAAUCUUAUACGUCCAACAAUAUAUAGUACCUAGUAUAUAACAGGCAUUCGUGGUGCGAAUAAGCGCGCUUGAGGAAAAAACCGUCUCAGAAUUUGAACAAGAUAAUAAUAUUGCAAGUUUCAAUACUCGAUUUUUCUCAAAGCACGCUUAUUAACAAAAUAUCUUAUGUAUCGCGUUACAAGCUAAUUCUAUAGUCCAGGUUGCAGAAAUGAUCGCGUCAAGAGUAUAAGAGAGAGAAAGAGAAUUAAUCCAGAUAACCAAGUGUGAUUAAUCAUAUUGAUUAAUCAUAUUGAUGUCAUGUUAAUUAAUGUGAUUAAUCAUAUCGUAUCGUCAACAAUUAUAUUAUUAUCAAUAUUUAUUAGUAACAUGACAGAAAUGUCAUAGAUAGUUGGCUAUCUGGGAAUCUUAUUUUGUAUAAAACCAAAUCUUAAAGAUCCAUAGAAUUGAUACUCUAAUAAAGUAUGUUUUCGUUUGCAUAAGUAUAGUCAGAUGUUACCACUCUUGAUAUUUGAAUAUUUAUAUAAUGCUUUUUAAAUAAUAAAGGAAAGAGUCCAAUAUUAAUGUAACUUAUAUCGCAGUAAGAUAGAAAUGAAAGAAAAACAUCCUUCAUUAUUCUUGAUAUUAUUAUCUGAGCU